AUGUGAAAGGACCUGCAACUCAUAGACUAUCUUGUGGCCAGUCCCCUGAUUCAGAAACCAUAAUAUGGGAGACAAAGUACUGUAUUCUGACCAAUAGCCAGCUUGUGUUGCUGAACAAGGAAAAGGAGGUGGCUGUCGAAGGAGGACAAGAGCAGACAGCAGAGCCUACCAAAGGGCGUUGCCUGCGACGUACAGUGAGUGUUCCUUCAGAGGGUCAGUUUCCUGACUAUCCACCAGAGGGAGCUACUAAGCUUGAGGUUCCAUCAGAGAGGUCUCCUCGAAGACGGAGCAUCUCAGGAACGAGCAAUCCCACAGAUACAUCAAAUACAUCUCCUUUCCGAGUACCAGGCUUCUUUAGUAGACGGCUUAGAGGCUCAAUCAAAAGAACAAAGAGCCAAUCUAAGCUGGAUAGGAAUACCAGCUUUCGUCAUCGGGCUACUGAUGACAGGUCCCGUGGCUUACCAAAGCUGAAACAGUCAUUUUCCCAUGAAUCCUUGCUGAGUCCAGGAGGUCCUAUUGAGACAUUAGAUCUUGGGACUGAUGAGAAAGUCUUUGUCAUGCCACUUCAUAGCAGCAUAAUUGGACGAGACUUCUGCUUUGAGAUAUCUUGCUCCAGUUGUAGUAAAUGCUUCAGUUGCUCUUCUGCUGCUGAAAGAGACAUUUGGAUGGAGAACAUACGGAGGGCUAUCCAGCCUAACAAGGAUAACUGCCGACGAGAUGAGAACGUGUUGCGUCUUUGGAUCAUUGAAGCCAAAGGUUUGGCCCCCAAGAAGAAGUAUUUCUGUGAAAUAUGCCUGGAUGAAAUAUUAGUUGCCCGAACUACCAGUAAAGCAAAAGCUGACAAUAUUUUCUGGGGUGAACAGUUUGAAUUCUCUGGCCUUCCACCCACCUAUAGCAUUACUGUCCACAUCUAUAAGGACACUGAAAAGAGAAAGAAAAACUAUAAGAAUAAUUAUGUUGGUCUGAUCAGCAUUCCCAUAGCUACUGUAACCGGUCGACAGUUUGUGGAAAAGUGGUACACCAUCAGCACUCCCACGGUCAGUAAAGGAAAGUCUGGUGUGCCAUCUAUCCGGAUCAAGUCACGAUACCAAACCAUCACCGUCCUCCCUAUGGAAAAAUACAAAGAGUUUGCUGAAUUUGUAACCAACAAUUACACUGAAUUAUGCUCUGUUUUGGAGCCAGUGAUAAGUGUCAGAAACAAAGAGGAGAUGGCCUGUGCUAUGGUGCACAUUCUUCAGAGCACUGGCAGAGCAAAGGACUUCUUGACUGAUCUAGUGAUGUCUGAAGUUGAUCGCUGUGGGGACCAUGAUGAGUUGAUCUUCAGAGAGAAUACACUUGCCACCAAAUCCAUUGAGGAAUACCUCAAGUUGGUGGGACAGAAGUAUCUGCAUGAUGCACUAGGUACAGAAUAUUUCUAUAUGAUUAUAUAUGCUAUUUCUAUUUUAACAAGUUUAUUGUGA